CAUCCAUCGCAGUCCAUCCAAGCUGUGCGCCGUGCCAGGGCGACGAACGAACGAAAUUUUUUCUUCCAUCUCAUCUAGUGAGUGACCGCCAUUAAAGCGAGACAAAAGAUUAGUAAAGUGCUACUUUUUCGUGCGUGGUGCAAAAGUGAAUUGCGAAUAAGUGUAAUUUAACGGGAUUGCAGUCGGCCCAAAGUGGAACCGAUUGUUGGUUGCGUGCGGCGGGAAUCGUUUACGGCAGGAUUAGCUGCACUCCCGGCUGGUGUUCCAGCGUAUUUUUCUUCGGCUGACCAGGAACCAGAAAAGCUACGAAAAUUGAGGCCUCGGGGGCUUUCACCGGACCGAUCAUGUUCACCACCAACAAUAUCCAGGCCGCCACGCCCGUCGGUAUACAGUACCAAACGACGACGGCGUCGGCGGCGGAUGUGAACAAACAGAUCAAAAUCGACACCCAGAAGGCGACCCAGCAGACGCCGGAGUUUUCCACCUUCUACGCGAACGUGAACAUGAUCCAAAAGCUGACGCCCACCUCGCAGGCACUCAGCACGGUCAACUUGGCGCAGCUGGCGGACGAUACCAAGACGGUGCAGUAUCUGCAACCGUUCAGCUAUGCCAACUGUGGCCUCGUCAACCAGAUGCAGAUUCCCAACGGGGUCACGGGGAUUACUGUGGACGGGCGGCAGCUGGUCAUCAACAAACCGAUAACUUAUCAGUCAUUCCAGAACACUAUCUCGAACAUCAGCUUCAAGUGCGACGUUUGUGGUUUGAUGUUCAACCAUUUGACCCUAUUGAACCAUCACAAGCGCACGCACAACCAGGACGGCGAACCCACUUCGGAUGCCAUCACCGUUGUAACUCAACCGCAGAGUCUCGUCCAAGCUCAGAACAUCAUAUCGGAAACCGGUCAAAACCUUGGCCAGAUACAGAUUGUGGCCACCGAAGCGUUGGAACCUGCGUCCCAGCAAGCUACUCAGGUAACGCAACAGCAGUUGGAACAGGCAGCACAACAACAGGCGCAGCAACAGCAACAACAGCAGCAGCAACAACAACAACAGCAACAGCAGCAGCAACAACAACAACAACAGCAACAACAGCAGCAACAACAGCAGCAACAACAGCAGCAGCAACAACAACAGCAGCAGCAGCAGCAACAACAACAGCAACAGCAGCAACAUCAGCAAAUAGUUCACGUGACCCACGUUAAACCGGAAAAGGUUCAAAAGUGCAUCACCUGUGGAGGACCAAUUCAGAACAACCCCAAGCGCAAGGGUCCCAAGCUGAUACGUUGCGAAACAUGCAUCAGCAACGACAACGCCCAGAAUGUCGGCAGACCAACGCAAAUCUUCGUCGCUCCGGACGGAGACAUAAAGUUCGAAAUCGGUGAAAUUCCUGCCGGGCCCAACAGCAAUUCGUCAAUCGAAACCCUCAUGCCAACGCAGAUAACCACCAUCAAGACGGAACAUCAGCAGGUCUCUCCGGGCGUGCAAAUGACGCAAACGGCUGCCCACCCGGUUAAGAAGCGUAACCUGGCUACGGUCACCAAGUGUACGAAAUGCAACGGAUCCGGUGUGAUAAUCGUCGGUGGAAACCCAAAGCAGAAGCAUCAUCUGCACACGGCUAACGUGACGGUGCAGCAACAGCAAACACAAGAGAAACCGUUUACAUGCAAUACCUGCGGAGGGCGGUUUUCCCGGUAUUCCAGUUUAUGGUCGCACAAGAAGCUUCAUUCGGGCGAGAAGAAUUACAAAUGUAACGUGUGCGGGAUAGCAUUUGCCAAGGCGGUUUAUCUGAAAAAUCAUACUCGAAUUCACACGGGAGAGAAGCCCUACAAAUGCGGCACAUGUGGUAUGCAGUUUUCUCAAUCUCCUCACCUGAAGAAUCACGAAAGAACUCACAGUGGCGAGAAACCAUACGUUUGUGAGGUCUGUGAUAAAGGAUUCGCCCGUCAUGCCACGCUCUGGAACCACCGGCGCAUCCAUACCGGCGAGAAACCGUACAAGUGCAACCGAUGCCAGUCGGCAUUUAGCCAAGCAGCUCAUCUAAAAAAUCACGAAAAGGUACACUCCGGUUUGAAACCGUUCAAAUGCGACAUUUGUUCGGCGGCGUUCGCCGAUCGGUUUGCCCUCAAGCGACAUCGCGGCAUUCACGAGAAAUACGGUCAAACCGCUCCGCUGCAUCAGUCGCAGAUCGUUCAGAAGGAGGAGAUCAUCGAAAUGGACGAAAAGUCGCGAGAGGUGAUAAUUGGGGCAAUGUAAAUCCGAGGAAUCCGACGAUUGCGAUCGGGAAAAUAGCAGUUAUCGUUUGGCGUGCAGAAAUCGUGACGAACAGAGUUUUCCUAUCACUGUUUUAAGUAUAGAAGUCGAACCGAGAUCGUUUAUGCGAGACUCUCAUGGUGGAAAAAAAAAAACAAUUUCAAAGCCAUAUUUAAACAUUUUUGUAGUUAAUAAUUCAAUUUAUUUUUUAACGAUAGUGUUAGAUAUUCGUUUUUAGCAAAGAGAAUAAAAGAAAACUAAAUGAAAAUUCGAAAAAAAUAUCAAUGUAGUUUUACCCGGAAACCAACUAAAAUGGUGUAGUAUUUAUAAAUAUCAGCCAAUCGAUGAAUAUCAAAUGUUGUCGAAUGCUGUAAAAUCGUGUAAAAACAUAAAUUUAAGAACAAAGUUAUAGAUUUGUAAAUGGAAAAGACGUACAUCUUUUUUUUCUAGAGUAAUGAAAGCUUGUAAAUAGGAAAAGAUCAUCAACUAUCAGAAAAUGGAUCAAGAUGUCUCGCGUUCAAACGCAUUUUCGUAAACUGUUAUCUUUCGUUCAUUUAAUUGAAUCCAUCCCGUAGUUGUCCACUUGGUUUCUUGGACCAUAUUAUUAAUUGGGUGUAGCAUUUUCUUUCGGUUUUCCCGAACUCAGUAAGGUUAGCAACAGCCGUACAAAUUAGCGAUGAGAGAGUAUAUUAAUUUCUAUACUAGUUUUAACGUGUACAUACAUGAUGCAAACGAAAAGAAUCACAUCUGUUUGUUCUGUUGUUUCCGAGAAAAGUGUAUAAAUGGCAAUAAGUUUUCGUAAUAAAGUUUAAAAUGUAUUGCAAAGAUGA